CCGGGCCCUGAGUUCUGCCUCUCGGUCCUGGCCCCGCUUCCCUGGCUGGCACUGCGCCUCCCCGCCCCGACCCAAGCCCAAACCCCUCCUCUACAUCCCGGGCUCAGCCCCUCGUCCCGGAUCCCGACAGGCCUGCCGGGGCGGAGCUGCGCCGGGUGUGGGGCCCUGGGCGUGGCAGGGGUCUCGGGGCGCCAGGUGCGGCUUCCGCGUCAAGAUGGCCGCCGCCCUCCGCGCCGGGGCCCGGCUCCUGCCACGCCGUCGCCGCUGCUUUCCCGCCGGGGUCCCGCUGCUACGUGUCGCCCUCUGCCUCCUGUGCUGGGCCCCGGCGGCUGUGGGCGCCGUCCCUGAGCUUGGGCUCUGGUUAGAGACAGUCGACGACAAAUCAGGACCUUUGAUAUUUAGGAAAACUAUGUUUAGCUCUACUGAUAUCAAAUUUUCUGUUAAGUCAUUCAGUUGUUCCGGGCCUGUGAAGUUUACCAUAGAGUGGCAUUUGAAGUAUCAUACCUGUCACAAUCAAUAUUCUGAUCUGGAAGACCUGUCUCAAAAACAUGAACUCAGUGUUGAUGAAGACUUUUGUGGCCAUUAUUUCAAGAACACUGACUGUUGGAAAACAAAAACUGAAAACUUAGAUUGCAACAAUGAUUUACAGGUGUUUCCCUCACUGAAUAAUAAGGAACUAAUAACAAAUAGCAGAAAUGUUUCAAACCAGGAAGGAUCAAUGGAUGUUGUGGCCAGAACACAGAGAGAUGGUUUUCAUAUCUUUAUUGUUUCUAUUAAAACUGAGAAAAGAGAUGCAAGCUGGAAUUUGAAUGUUUCUCUUUCUAUGAUUGGGCCUCAUGGAUAUAUCUCUGCAUCAGAUUGGCCUCUAAUGAUUUUUUACAUGGUGAUGUGUAUUGUUUAUAUAUUAUAUGGCAUACUCUGGCUGAUGUGGUCUGCCUGUUACUGGAAAGAUAUUUUAAGAAUCCAGUUCUGGAUUGCAGCUGUAAUUUUCCUAGGAAUGCUUGAAAAAGCAGUUUUUUAUUCUGAAUACCAAAACAUCAACAGCACUGGACUGUCGACCCAAAGUUUAUUGAUAUUUGCAGAGUUGAUAUCUGCCAUUAAGAGAACAUUGGCUCGCCUCCUUGUGAUCAUUGUGAGCUUGGGUUAUGGCAUCGUAAAGCCUCGUUUAGGAACAGUCAUGCACCGAGUGAUUGGACUGGGGCUUCUUUACUUUAUCUUCGCAGCUAUUGAAGGCGUGAUGAGAGUCAUUGGGGCAAAUGAUUCUGAUCUUGUUCUUCUGGCCAGCCUCCCUCUCUCUCUCCUUGACUCUGGCUUGUGCUGGUGGAUUUUUAUAAGUUUGGCGCAAACCAUGAAGACUCUAAGGCUAAGAAAGAACACAGUGAAAUUUUCAUUAUAUAGGCACUUUACAAAUACUCUGAUCUUUGCUGUGCUGGCUUCUGUAGUGUUUAUGGUAUGGACAACUAAGACAUUUAGAAUUGCAAAAUGCCAAUCAGAUUGGAUGGAACGCUGGGUCGAAGAUGCAUUUUGGAGCUUCCUCUUUUCACUUAUCCUUAUUGUAAUAAUGUUUUUGUGGAGGCCAUCAGCAAAUAAUCAGAGAUAUGCCUUCAUGCCCUUAAUAGAUGAUUCUGAUGAUGAAAUUGAAGAAUUCAUGGUAACAUCUGAAAAUUUAACUGAAGGAAUAAAAUUAAGAGUCUCAAAAUCAGUUUCCAAUGGAACAGCUAAACCUACUUCUGAUAACUUUGAUGAAGAUUUGAAGUGGGUGGAAGAAAAUAUUCCCUCUUCAUUCACAGAUGUAGCUCUUCCAGUGUUAGUGGAUUCAGAUGAGGAAAUCAUGACCAGAUCUGACAUGGCUGAAAAAAUGUUCUCUUCAGAAAAGAUAAUGUGAUUGGAAACCAUGUAAAUGAAACCUAGUUAACUGUGAAGGACUAUCCUUCUUCAAGACUGAAAGAGGGCUUUGUAUUGAUAUAGCAUAAUGUUUUUCUUGUAUUAUUUUGGAAAUUUGUGUGUUAAAAUGAAGAAUUCAGAUGAUAGGAGGGUUCUGCAACCCUUUUAUAGCUGACUCUUGAAUGUCAGUUUAAUGUUCAUUAAAUUUCCUGGAAUUGGAAAUACUCUUGAGAAAAGUAUUACGAUAAAGAUAUCUGCACGAAUGCCUCUUGGCUGAUGGGUAGCAGUCAUGUGGAUUUUGGUUUCCUCUCCUUUCUUAAAAAAAUUUUUAUGAUGCAUUGACUGCCACACUAGAAAAAAAGUUUUUCUCUUUGGG